AUGGAUACUGAGUGUGUAACUGUAACAAGUUAUGUUUUGGAACAAAAGAAAAAAUAUCCCGGUGCUUCUGGUGAAUUAACCAUUCUUCUCAAUGCAUUGUUAACAGCUAUUAAAGCUUGUGCAGCAGCUGUAAGAAAAGCCGGUAUUGCGAAACUAUAUGGCCUAGCUGGGUCAUCGAAUACAACCGGUGACGAUCAAAAGAAACUAGAUGUUCUCGCUAAUGAACUUUUUAUCAAUAUGUUAAAAUCAUCUUAUACAGUCUAUGCCAUGGCAUCCGAAGAAAACGAGAAUUUGAUCGAAGUGGAAGUUCCUAAACAGGGCAAAUAUAUAAUUUGUUUUGAUCCUUUGGAUGGUUCAUCAAAUAUUGAUUGUCUUGUAACCAUUGGUUCAAUUUUUGGCAUAUGGAAGAAACCAGAUGAUGUCAACACACCACUUCAAUGCAUCUUACAAAGUGGUGAACACUUACGCUAUGCUGGCUAUGCUGUGUACGGCUCAGCUUGUAUGUUGGUUUUAGCUACGAGAGAUGGUGUCAAUGGAUUUACACUCGAUCCAUCUAUUGGAGAGUUCAUUUUAACGGCACCAAAUAUGACGAUGCCAAAAUUGGGCGAAAAAGGUUCACAGAGAAUUUAUAGCAUCAAUGAAGGCUAUGCAAAAUAUUGGGAUAAAGCAACAGCUGAAUAUGUGCAAUCGAAAAAGUUUCCCGAGGGUAAAGAGAAACCGUUCGCCAAUCGUUAUGUUGGUUCAAUGGUUGCCGAUGUUCAUCGUACACUUCUCUACGGUGGUGUAUUCAUGUAUCCCGGAACAAAAGAAGCUAAAGAAGGCAAAAUCCGUUUAUUAUAUGAAAGUAUUCCAAUGUCUUUCGUAGUCGAAAAGGCUGGUGGUGCAUCAUCAAAUGGUCAGCACUCGAUUUUAAAAAUUCAACCUCAGGCUAUUCAUCAACGUUCACCGGUAUUUCUUGGUUAUAAAGAAGAAAUUGCCAAGAUAGAAAAACUUUACGAACAGUAUCCACGUGGCACAUGGGCCUACGAAUAG